CUCCAUCUGAUCCGACUCCCAAGUUUCUGGAACACCAACGCUUGUAAAUCAAAAGGAAACAGAACCUGUGUCUCUGCCUUUGUCUUCUCUUGAAAUAAAAUCUCAGUUAUUUCUAUUUUUAUUGUCUCGAAGAAAUUCGAUCCUAAUUUCAUCCUCAAAAUUCAGAUGGAUAUUGUUGCAAUUAUUGGGGAAACAAGGGCCCGUUCUGUGAAUAUUCCAACAAAGAGUGCAAUUUAUGUGUGGGGAUAUAAUUAUAGUGGCCAGACUGGUCGGAAAGGGAAAGAGCAACAACUGAGGAUCCCUAAACAGCUACCUCCAGAUCUUUUUGGGUGUCCAGCUGGCGCUAAUGCCCACUGGUUGGAUUUUGCUUGUGGCCGUGAGCAUACUGCGGCUGUGGCCUCAGAUGGGUCAUUAUUCACUUGGGGUGCUAAUGAGUUUGGUCAACUGGGAGAUGGCACUGAGGAGGGGAGGAAAUAUCCUAAGAAAGUAAAGCAAUUACAAACAGAGUUUGUUAAAUAUGUAUCUUGUGGGGCACAUUGCACUGCUGCUAUUGCAGGGCCUCGGGAAAAUGAUGGAACCAUAUCAAGAAGUAGACUCUGGGUUUGGGGGCAAAAUCAGGGAUCAAAUUUACCUCAUUUAUUUUGGGGUGCCUUCACCCCUAACAUGGUCAUCCGUCAAGUGUCCUGCGGAGCAGCUCAUGCAGUUGCUCUAUCAGAGGAAGGCCUCCUACAAGCUUGGGGCUAUAAUGAGUAUGGUCAGCUUGGCAGAGGCAUUACUUGUGAAGGAUUACAGAGGGCUCGUAUGAUAAGUGCAUAUGCAAAGUUCCUUGAUGAAGCUCCUGAGCUUGUGAAGAUUACCCAAGUGUCAUGCGGGGAGUACCACACUGCAGCUAUUUCUGAAAAAGGCGAGGUCUAUACUUGGGGGUUAGGAAAUAUGGGUCAACUUGGACACAGUUCCCUUCAAUCUGGUGAUAAAGAGUUAUUGCCAAGGAGAGUAGUUGCUCUUGAUGGGAUAUGCAUAAAGGAUGUUGCUUGUGGAGGAGUACAUACUUGUGCUUUAACUUCAGAGGGAGCUCUUUAUGCCUGGGGUGGUGGUCAAGUAGGACAGCUAGGCCUUGGCCCUCAGACAGGAAUCUUUUCAUGCGACUCUAAGAAAUCAUUCUUUCGUAAUAUCCCUGCUUUGGUUGUCCCCACUGGUGUCCAGCUUAUUGCUUGUGGACAUUCUCAUACACUUAUUUGUUUGAAAGAUGGAAGAAUUCAUGGGUGGGGUUACAACAGCUAUGGUCAGGCAGCUAAUGAGAAGUCUGUUUAUGCUUGGUAUCCGUCACCAGUUGAUUGGUGUGUUGGUGAAGUUAGAAAACUAGCUGCCGGUGGUGGUCAUUCUGCCGUAUUGACCGAUGCAUGUUCCUUGAAAGAACUGUGUGAGUUUAGGCUUGCAGACAAUGUGACCUUAUCAAAUGCUGCACAGAUUGAGGAUGUUGCAUCUCGAACAGGAUCAGAUGCUUUAGCACGUCUUUGCGAGAGACUGAGGGAGCAUUUUGUUGAUGGUGGUGAUGGCGAUUAUCAAGAUGACACGAGUAAUGUCAAGAAAUGACUACAAAGUCGUCAGGUCGCUAUGUACUUGCUGUUGUGACCUUCAUUACCUAUCAUUCACAGCAAAAAUAUAGGAUAAGAAAUAUAUUAGUCAUAUGAUGAAAGCAAGGAUUGUCUUUCAAAUGAUUAAUUAUUAUACAAAAAUCAUUCUGUUGGGUCAUCUUGAUGGCGAAGGUGUUUAGGACAGUCAACUUAAGCAUUGAGAAAUGACAUGAAAUAAAACUUGUACCUAUGACUUUGUAAAAAGUUGAACAUUGUAUGGCUUAAGACUUGAAAGCUUGCUGAAGAACUAUUCACCCUAUGCAUCAUUGUGUUUCUUUUUGUA